AUGAACGGUUCAUAUCACGCGGCCGACGUGUCUAACAAGCGUUGGCCAACGCACGUUGCUGCGAGUCAGACACAGCCUCCGAUUCAGCCAGCCUCAGAAAUUGGGACUCGCCCAACAGCGGCGGCCGGUGAAGGAGCCGGCGGCACCGCGAUCGGCAUUGACCUGGGCAUCACCUACUCGUGCGUCGGCGUCUACCGGAACGGCCGCGUCGAGAUCAUCGCCAACGACCAGGGCAACCGGAUCACCCCCUCAUGGGUCGCCUUCACCGAUGGCGGUGAGCGCCUCAUCGGCGAGGCCGCCAAGAACCAGGUGAGGGAAGGUGACGUGCGCGAGUUCAGCCCCGAGGAGGUCAGCGCCAUGGUGCUCACCAAGAUGAAGGAGACGCCCGAGGCCUACCUCGGCGAGAAGGUCACAGACACCGUCGUCACCGUCCCGGCCUACUUCGACGAUGCGCAGCGCCAGGCCACCAAGGACGCUGGCCUUAUCGCUGGGCUCAACGCGCAAGCACGGCCGGGACAUCUCCGGCGACGCCCGCGCGCUGGGAAGCUUCGCCGCGAGUGCGAGCGCGCCAAGCGCGCGCUCAGCAACCAGCACCAGGUGCGCGUGGAGAUCGAGGCGCUCUUCGACGGCGUCGACAUAUCGGAGCAGCUCACCAGGGCGCGCUUCGAGGAGCUCAACAGCGACCUGUUCCGGAAGACGAUGGUGCCGGUGAAGAAGGCCAUGGCGGACGCCCGGCUGCAGAAGAGCGACAUGGACGAGAUCGUGCUCGUCGGCGGCAGCACCAGGAUCCCCAAGUUGCAGCAGCUGCUCAAGGACUACUUCAACGGCAAGGAGCCCAGCAGGGGAGUCAACCCCGACGAGGCCGUCGCGUACGGCGCCGCCGUCCAGUGCGGUAUCCUCAGCGGGCACGCCAAAGAUGAUAUGGUUGUCAUUGACGUUGCGACGCUGACUCUGGACAUGGAGACCGUGGGUGGGGGUGAUGACCAAGCUUAUCCCGAGGAACACGGUGAUUCCGACGAAAAAGACGCAGGUGUUCACCACGGCGAGCACUGCAUGACCAAGGACAACAAGCUGCUCGGCAAGUUUGACCUCUCUGGGAUCCCACCGGCGCCAAGGGGCACGCCGCAGAUCGAGGUGACCUUCGAGGUGGACGUGAACGGCAUCCUCCACGUGAAGGCGGCGGACAAGGGCACCGGCAGGUCGGAGAAGGUCACCAUCACGAGCGACACCCGCCGACUCAGCCAGGAGGAGAUCGACCGGAUGGUGCACGAGGCGGAGGAGUUUGCAGAGGAGGACCAGAAGGCGAGGGAGCGGGUCGACGCGCGCAACAAGCUAGAGACUUACGUCUACCAGGUGAAGAGCGCGGUGGACGACAGCAACAUGGCCGACAAGAUGGACGCCGACGAGACGGAGAAGGUGGAGGAGGCAGUCAGGGAGGCCAACGAGUGGAUCGACGUGAACUCGGAUGCCGACAAGGAGGACUACGAGGAGAAGCUCAAGGAGCUAGAGGACGUGUGCAGCCCUGUCAUCUCGGCUGUGUACCAGAGGUCCGGCGGUGCACCGUCAGACACCUACGAUGAGGAUGACCAUGAUGAGCUUUAG